CGUCCGGGUACCGUGUGUUCUUCACAACUUUCACAAUGUACUUCUGGAUCAUCCGGAGCCCGGACAAAACUCGGACGGGCGUUUACCUGGACCGUGUGUCCCCGGCCUUAUUAUAUUGUAUUAUUUAUACUUUCCCCUUAUUAUAUUGUUCUAUGAAGUGAAGCUAACCACCGGCUAGAGGACUGAAAGGAAAGGACAAAAAACAACCACUUUUUAACUGGUGAAAGGUGGCGCCACAUAAGAUUGUGUUAUGUGGGUGGCGCGAAGGCUGCUGAGAUAGUUGUCAGUCCAAAUGCAGCGUUCUUGAUUCUUAUGGCUUACCGCUUACAGCCAAUCGGACGCUAGCUUCACACACAUUGGUUAUUCUGUAUUCUAGGCUAUCUAUAUUUGUGUUCUGUGAUUCUAGGUUAAUGUUUGUUCAUCGCGGUAACUCGCGCUCGCCUAAAUCCCAAAACAAUACAUUUUGUAAUAUAAACUCUGAGGUCUCUGUUGUGUAUGAUUAGAAAUUGUUUUUGGUUCAGCAUGCACAGACCUAUAGUAUUCUGUGGCCCUUCAGGAUCUGGAAAAAGCACGCUGGUAACCAAAAUGAUGCAAGAUUUUCCUGACAAAUUUGGAUUUAGUGUAAGCCAUACUACGCGCAAUCCAAGACCAGGUGAAAUUGAUGGUAAUCAUUAUCAUUUUACUACAAAAGACAAAAUGCAGAAGGCAAUUGCUGAAGGAAAAUUUAUAGAGACUGCUGUUUUUAGUGGAAAUAUCUAUGGAACUAGCAGAGAUUCUGUUGAUGCUGUGACUAACCAGGGAAAAGUCUGCGUCUUAGAUAUUGAUGUGCAAGGAGUUAAGCAGAUUAAGCAAACUUCCUUCAACCCUUGGUUUAUAUUUGUUGAACCACCUUCUUUGGAAGAACUAGAAUCUCGCCUUCGAGCUAGAAAUACAGAGAGUGAGGAUAGCCUGAAACAGAGACUAGAUACUGCAAGACAAGAGUUAAUUUAUGGUAAAACUUCCAAUAUAUUUGAUUUGGUCAUUACUAAUGACAACCUGGAACAUGCUUACUCCAUUUUGAAGAAAUUUUUGUUGGAAAACGUACUGAAAGCAUCCGUAUCUAACGGAAUUGGCUAAAAAUCUAAUUUAACUUAACUAUUCUAAUUACAACUUUAGGAAAUAUAGCAAUAGUGUUUUUUAUUUUUAGAAAAAGCAUUCCUUUAAUUUUUUUUCUUUAGAAAAGCAUUCCUUCUUGAUAUUGUUUCUAGCAAAUUUGUAGAAUUGAUUGUUAAAGAAAUAGGAAUAAUUAUUAGGAAAGCAAUUUAAAAAUGCUCCAAGUUACCCUUUUUUUAAAAAAGGAUAGUUUAGUAUUAUUUGUGUUAAUAUUACUGAUUGUAUUAUUUCUAGGGUGAUAGUACUGGUUUAUUUGUGUCUGUUUAGGAAUAUUACAAUUUCCUUUCAAUACAACCAAAAUACAAUUUAAAAAAAAAGUUAGUUGUAAAUAAACUUAAAAUCAUUACCUCAUUUCGAUUUAUAUUGAAGCUAUUGGUGUCAGGUUUCUUAAGCAGUAUUGUUAUUAAUGAUGUACUAGUCAUACCAACUACUAUGGGUAUUAAUUUUAGAUCACUAAACCCUAUUUUGUAUUUAUUUUUAUAAAGAGUAUUACAUUUUGUAUUUUAAAUACAUGUUUUGGUGCAUUUAAUUUAUAUACCUUCUUAGCUGUAAAUGUAAGUUUUUUUUUAAAUUUAAUAGUUGCUUUUGGUGCAUUUUAGGCUAUUUUUGUAUAAUGUAACAUGCGUUUGUAUUCUCAAUGUCAUUUAGUCCACCUACUGAGCAUAGAAACUUAUGUAGUAGUAAAAAUGUAUUAACUAUUGCUGUUAUAGAGCUCGUUGGGCGCGAUUGAUUUGUAAAUAUUUCUAAGUAAACUUUUUCAUAUAUGUUGGUUUAAUUUGCACAUAUUUUUAUGAUACUGAUACAAGAUUAAAUUUUAAAUGAAAAAAAGGCUUUUCUUUUAAAACAGCAUUCGAAAGUCAUGUUAAAAACAUCGUUAUGGAACGAUAUCAUGUUAGCUAGUCAAACUAGUUUUGUUAGGAAGAUUAAACAAAUAAGCAUAUAAAAAGGUGUGAACAGAAAUAUUUACAAAUAUUUUAUUGAUGUCAAAUAACAUGAUGUCUAAAUAAAAAAAAACACAGGAUA